CUGGUUCGACCAAGAGUCACUCCUCCAUGCACCUACUUCAAGUUACAUAUGCAUCCCUUCCGUCGUGCCUGAGAAAUGACUGACCCCUGUAGAUGAAACUUCCAUUAUAUUCAGUAACCCUAUCUUUCUUUCUCUCCUCUCAUGAUCUCGGUCCCCCCACACUCUUUUCUCCUCCUGGCCCUCUUGAGCCUUUUGACUGCCAGAGUACUCGCGCAAGCCAAUUUGGAUGUCCCUACGGGUUCGCUCCUGUCACGCAUCACGCCCGGCUCCAUAAACACGACAAUUAUCCCGGACAAAUGUGCAUGGCAAUGCUCCAUUCUUGGGACCAUCAGUAUGUGUGGCCAGAACCAACUCGAGUGCUUCUGCUCCGUAUCGUAUCAGGGUAGGGUCUCUGCUUGCAUAGACUGUUACAUUUCCGCCGACCAGCAGGGAGGAGAGAAAUUAAAUAAACUAUAUCAAACGUCUUGUGAUAACGCUUCAUCGGCGGCUGCUGCUACGCAAACCGCUGCCGAACUGGCUGUAGCCAGCACAACUAAGUCUGCAACAUCCAAAUCCAAUGGAUCUUCGACCCUGAUGGCCUCGUCGAGUUCAGCAUUCAUUUGGAUUGGGUUGGCCAUUAUACUAUAUCAGUUCUAGUGGAUUUACGUGUGGGAGCGUUUCGGGAUUUCAGGGUGGUAUGACGGCCAUGCACAUUCGUUAUUUAACCAAUCCAGCACAUUCAUUUGAUUUUAGCGCACGAAUAUAUUAGAUGAGGGACCCGUCGUAAGAGCGACUGAAGAAUGAUUCCGGACACUUUAUAGCACUGGUCUCCAUGGCUGGUCUAUCAUUGACAGGUACAAAGGUAUAAGCUAGUCCGGAUCCUGUCAUAUCACAUAUAUUUUAGGUGCUCGGUUGCAAGAUCCUCCAAAUGGAAUCGGC